AAACGUUUUACUGACUGCGAAUAAUAAGGAAACGAAGAAUUCGGUGCGGCAUCACCCGCGCGGAUUUGCGUUGUCAUUUGGAAGAGGUCAUGUUUUUCCAUAAUGAACCACAAACAUUCCAACCUCGCCCCAUCCCAUACACAAACUGGUGCAGCAGACAUCGGUGCCAAUAGGAGCAACAGCGGGCAACUUUGCAGUCCUGUGGAUGAUUCCUAUGAUGCCUUGCUGUCACCGGAUGCUGCAAAGGGUGGAGCUGCUGCUGAGGAGGAGGAGGAAGGCUACCUGCUGGUGGAGGAAGAUAACACUGACUCUAGCCUCAUCAUCACCAUGGACGACAUUCAAUCUGACGUGAUGGCAGGAAGAAGGAAAGGAGGGGGGAAGAGGAAGCUGGUGGGGAGGACGAAUGCUGACUCUUCACAAAGUGACAAAGAAGAGGAGGAUGAGGUGGGAGUUGAGGUGAAGAUUGACAGGAAACUGGACCAGUCGCUCGAGACAAAGUCCAAACAGCACAACCUGACCACUGUGAACGUCAAGAACAUCAUCCAUGAAGUGAUCACCAAUGAGCAUGUGGUUGCCAUGAUGAAAGCCGCCAUCAAUGAGACUGAAGCCAUCCCACCGUUUGAGCCCAAAAUGACUCGGUCAAAGUUUAAAGAAGUCCUGGAGAAAGGAAUGGUGGUUCCAGCCUGGAACAUCUCGCCCAUCAAGACAUCCAGUGACGCCAUCAAGGCUCCUCAGUUUGUGGACAUCCCUCUGGCUGAGGAAGAUUCAUCUGAUGAAGAGUAUCGCCCUGAUGAGGAAGAAGAGGAUGAGACGGCUGAAGAUACGUUCCAUGAGAGCGACAUGGAGAGUGCGGCUUCCUCUCCUCGAGGAAGGCGACAGUCCAGGCUGGACGAGAGCAGCUGCAGCCCCUGGCAGACUUCUCGCAGCUGCUUCAAGCAUUUACAGUCAGAAUCUGUGCCAAUGGGUCCACCCCCUCCUCCCAAAGCUCCACCCUCCAAAGCGGUGACUGACAGAAGCUUCCUGGAGAAACUUCACGCUGUGGAGGAGGAGCUAGCUGUGUGCAUGGAACCCUAUCAGCCUCUGUCAGAGUCCGAGGAUGAGGCUGGUCUGAUGGCGUACCGCACACGCUCAAAGCGCCCGCUCCGUGAUGUCCCUCUGGGACGGCUAGAGGCAGAGCUCCGUGCCCCUGACAUCACACCUGACAUGUAUGACUCAAACUCCGCCCCUGAGGACAGGGAGUGGACUGAUUGGCUCAGGGGACUGAUGACCUCGGACAUGGAAAAUGAAGAGGAGUGUGACGAUGAAGAUGAUCCAGAGUAUAAUUUCCUGGCUGACAUCGAUGAGCCAGAUGUAGAAGAUUACCGUGAUGACAAAGCCGUCCGCAUCACCAAGAAGGAGGUGAAUGAGCUGAUGGAGGAGUUGUUUGAAACGUUAAAGGAGGAUCUUACUGGACAGGACAUUGAUGAAGAAGGUCAUGAGGAGGAGGAUGAGACACAAGAAGCAGCACACACGCUAGAGGAACAGCACAAGUCUCUGAGUGGAGGAUUGGACGAGGAUGACCCAGAGGAUGGACCAAUCACAGGGCGGCAAACGGUUCGGCAGCAGCUGGGUCUGCUCCAUAAACGGCAGCAGCUGGGCCUGCUGACCAACACUCAGGUUUCAGAACCGUAUACGCUGAGGCUGGACGGGUCGCACAAAGUCCAACUACAGCAGCAGAUCCAGCAGCACGUCCAGCUGUUGACUCAGGUUCACCUGCUGACUUCACCUGUGUCCAAACUGCACAGCGAGGCCGAGACCACCAGACAGUUCCUGCUGGAGUUGGACUUAUUGGCUCAGCGGAGUGAGCUGCUCAUGCUGCCAGAUUAUCCUUCUUUCAGCAGCAUCUUUAGAGCCUCCAACCUGCAGGGGGCGCUGCAGUUGCUGGAGGAGCUGCAACAGAAGCCCAUCGCCUCCCAGCCGCAAACCCGCCCUCCUGAUGCACUUGGGCGCAUGCGAAGCUUCCCUGUCAUGCCUGCUGAACUGGCCUGGAUCUUUGCCACCCGUCCGGUCUUCCUCUAUCCAGAGUUGCUUCCCUGCGUCAGCCUUGAUCCUGCUCUUUACUGCCCCCGUAGGACAGCAGCUUUCACUGCAGCAGAGGACUGCCUUUUAGUGUUGGGUCUGAGGAACAUGGAGGGGUCACAUGACCCGACUAAACUGGUGUCUCAGUUCCUGCUGCGGAAGACUUCAGUCCAGGUGCGACGAAGAAUCCUUCAGUGCUGCAGACCUAGUUUCCAUGACAACAUUGUCAAGGCGUACCGGUACCAGCGGGUUUUGUUGCCCAUGCCGUUAGCCUGUGGUCAGGUGGAUCCGGCAGAUCAGCGCCCCCCCGUGGAGAGAGAUGAGAGCAUCAUGCCCCUGUGGCUGGCGAGGAGCCUUCCUGUCAUCUACCGGUCAGUCAAAGGCUUCAGCAGCUCCUAUGUGUCUGCUCCUCAGACAAGAGCUGCUGUCAAGCUAACCCGCUGUCGCCACAGUCAUCGGGCCUUCCUACGGACAGCAGCCGAUAAUUACAGAUAUUUAUCUGGGACGCGUUACCCAUCCUCCCUCCCCACCAAUCUGGUGUUCCGCCGCAUUGGCUUCGUGCUCAUACAGGAGACAAACGCCCAGGAGGUCACACCACCUCAUCAUAACCCCACGUCACCCACAGCAUCACAUCGAGCUGAUGGCCAAACCAGGCCUACAUACUCGCAGCCACUUUUCAAAUUCAAAGCUCAAUCUCCGCCUUCUUCCUGCCCCAGUCGUGCCCUCAGCCCCACCCGUGUCCUCCUCUUUCACCUUCUUCUGAAGGCCAGUGGAAAGCUGGAUAACUCCACCCACAUCAGCUCUGCCUCCACUAUGUCCUCAUCAAACAGAGAGCAAAUCAUUUGCCACUAUCUGACCUUUGCCAGGCUGCGGAGGAGGAGGAGAGACAGUCAUCAGGGAGCAGCAGUGGCUCCUCCUUCUUGUGAAGCUCCCACCUCCCCCUGCGUGGCAGGAGCAGAAGAGGAGGAUGUGUUUGUUCCUGUUCUGACUCUGUCUGUAUCCUCGCCGAGCGCAGCAGGAAGCAUCAGCCCUGAUGAUGGUGACAGCCCAUCGCACUGUAAGGAGGCAGCGUCACCGUGUGAAAGUGCUGCAACGCUGGCGGCGUGGAGAGCAGAAGAAGAAAAUGAUGAUGGAAGAACAUCAAACAAAUCCAGAGUGUCUGAAGUAAAUGUGCAGGAGGCGUCAUUGGAGGAGCAGCAGCGGGAGCAAGAGGAGCAGGAGGAUGAGGUGUUUGCUCAGGAUUACCUCCGCCGGGUGUGUGAUGCAGUUCAGGUGUGUCCGAGCCGCACCGAGCUGCUGCUGCAGGUUCUGGAUCAGUUUUCAGAGGCGGGGCCUGCAGGCGACCCAGUGGAUCUGUUUCACAGACUGAGCGCAGUGCUUCGCCCGUGGCCUCAGCUGCUGCGGGACUAUGCCGCUUUCCUGAAUCAGACACAAGCUCGCAGCUGUGGGCUGCUGGGAGAGCAGCAGCUGUUCGAACACACUCGUCAUUUUCUGCAGCAGCUAGGGCGGAGCCUUGGGGAAGGCACCGCCCAGUACCAGGAAGUGGUUUCGUUUCUGCUGGGUAACUCCGCCCCAGAGUCUGAUGACCUUUCUAAGGUCUCUUCCCUCCUUAGCGACCACCCUGAAUUGCAGGUAGAGUUUUGGGAGUUCUUCCAAAAGCUGCAUGCUGAAACUGACUCCAUAUCCCAGAAUCCCCCGGAUGGGAGCAGGAGGAGCGGACUGAACCUCAGAGCAUCCAGGCAGCUGGUUUGUGCUAAAAACAGUUUGCUGAACUCCAGCGGUGAGAAGGUCGUCCUGUGGACCCGGGAGGCGGACCGCACCAUCCUGACAACCUGUCAGCAGCGAGGAGCCAAUCAGAACACAUUCAGGCUAAUAUCUGCCCAGCUAGGGAACAAAACAGCCCGAGAGGUCAGCAUUCGUUUCCAGGAUUUGAUGAGUCUUUAUUUCUCAGCCUCCCAAACAUCUGCUUCCUGUUCUUCCAAAAAGCAGUCAAUCCACACGAUGGAAGCCGCCCCGGACUGAAUGCUGAGCCUAUCCAAGCCAAGUCCAGAGGUGCCAGGUCAGAUCUGGAUCCUCUUUAUUCCAGAGUCCUGCUGACUUCAAGCUUCAUGGGAAAUAAUCUCCAAGCUGUAUGUGUCCAAAAGUGGCUGUGGUUAUGAAGAAAAGGGGUGUGGCUGUGCAUGACUGACCAUUGGACAGCUCCUCCCACUUUUUGAAGUGAUUGGUCAGUAAUCUGCGAGUACACAAAGAGAGAAGACUUCACCAUCCACUCACACCAUCAUGAUAAUUAUUAAUCUAAAGCAAGGCCCACGGUGGAGUGCAUGGGAUGUGAGCACUUUAAAUAUGGCUGCUUGUCAAACCUCAUAUGACCUCAUUCUGAUGAAGUAUUUAAAUGUUAAAGCAGAUGCUGCUUCUGUGGGGAGACAAAAAAAAUACAUGUUUACAACAAUUUUUGUUUAAUUUUACAGUGCCUUUAAAAA